GGUAGUACGUUUUAUGGCUACAGUACUACUAUUAUACCCAAAGUCGUCUUUCUCGUGGCUUCCUCACUUUAUAAAGUCACAUUACUUGUUCUUGCAUGUGACCACCCCUCCUCCCUCUCCUUCUCCAUCAUUAACUCUUUGCUAGCUUCCCGUCCCCCCCGCCAUUACUCCUCUUCCACCUCUGAUCUCAUCUCUUCCUCUCUCUCUCUCUCUCUCUCUCUCUCUCUGUCCGUUUAAAAUCUCUUGAAAUGAUGCCUCCUGAGCAAGAAACAACUGCCACCACUAGUACUGCUACUAGUAUUCAGCCUGGGAAUAUCCCAGCCGCCAAUUGGUCUGAGAACGCCUUGGUCCAUGCAGAGCCAUCCGGUACUUCAACAAGAAGUUUGUCAAUUGAUGUGAGCACUUGUUUCGAAGAUGAUCAGAUGCCAGACCAACUGCAAGAUCAAGCAAACGCACACAGAUUCUCCAUUCUCCACCAAUCCCUGCGCCCUAUUACUCUCAAGUUUGAAGACGUGGCGUAUACUAUAAAGUUGCAAACCAACAAGGGUAGCUGUUUAGCGCCGCAUGAGCCGAAACCCACUCGCACUGUGCUGAAUGGCGUCAGUGGUGUUGUUCGACCCGGCGAGCUUCUGGCAAUGCUGGGUCCAUCCGGCAGUGGCAAGACCACACUUCUCACGGCCCUCGCCGGCCGCUUGCCCAGCAAGAUCUCCGGCGUUAUUACAUACAACGGCCAGCCCUUCUCUAGCUCCAUGAAGCGCAAGACCGGUUUCGUCACACAGGACGACGUGCUAUACCCUCAUCUCACGGUGCUCGAGACCUUAACCUAUGUCGCCAUGUUAAGGUUACCCAAACAGCUCUCGAAGCAAGAGAAAAUGGAGCAAGCUGAGAUCAUCAUCAGGGACCUUGGGCUAUCACGAUGUCGUAACAGUAUAGUCGGCGGGACCCUCCUCAGGGGUGUUUCCGGUGGUGAGCGGAAACGGGUCAGUAUCGGGCAGGAGAUGGUGGUAAACCCGAGUCUGUUGUUGCUCGAUGAACCCACUUCGGGGCUCGACUCCACCACCGCUCAACGCAUUGUCGCGACGUUGCGAGGCCUGGCACGCGGCGGCCGGACGGUAAUCACCACAAUUCAUCAGCCUUCCAGCCGGUUGUACAGGAUGUUUGACAAGGUGGUGGUGUUGUCGGACGGGUGCCCGAUUUACAGCGGUCAUGCGGGUGGGGUCAUGGAGUACUUCGCUUCCAUUGGUUAUGUGCCCGGGUUCGAUUUCGUCAACCCUGCUGAUUUUCUGCUUGAUCUUGCCAACGGUAUAGCUCCUGAUGUAAAGCAGGAUGAGCAGGUGGAGUUUCAUGGCAGAUUAGACCACCAUGGCGAUCACAAUUCAACCAAACAGUCCUUAAUUGCAUCGUACAAAAAAAAUCUAUAUCCAGCCUUGAAGGCAGAUAUUCACAGAAAUUUGACCGACCCAGUUCUUUCCACAUCUGGAAUAUUAUCUUCCAGAGGUUGUGAGAAUCGAUGGACCACCAGCUGGUGGGAGCAAUUUAAGGUGUUGCUAAGAAGGGGUUUAAAAGAGAGGAAGCACGAAUCUUAUUCAGGUCUGAAGAUUUUUCAGGUCAUGUCUGUCUCAAUUCUGUCGGGCCUCUUAUGGUGGAAAUCUGAUACUUCACGCAUUCAAGAUCAGGUUGGACUUCUCUUUUUCUUCUCCAUCUUCUGGGGCUUUUUCCCACUAUUCAGUGCCAUAUUCGCAUUCCCUCUGGAGCGUCCUAUGCUGAUAAAAGAACGUUCCUCAGGCAUGUACCGGCUCUCCUCCUAUUACUUCGCUCGAAUGGCCGGCGACUUGCCAAUGGAGCUUGUGCUCCCAACCAUCUUCGUGACAGUCACGUACUGGAUGGGAGGUCUCAAGCCUUCUUUACUUACAUUUGUGCUAACCCUGUUGAUUAUCCUUUUCAACGUGCUGGUCUCCCAAGGGCUAGGCCUUGCACUUGGGGCAAUCCUGAUGGACGUAAAGCAGGCCACCACCCUAUCUUCUGUGACCAUGCUUGUGUUCUUACUUGCUGGAGGAUACUACAUUCAGCACAUUCCAUCUUUCAUGGCUUGGUUAAAGUAUAUCUCUUUUAGUCACUACUGUUACAAGCUUCUUGUGGGAGUACAGUACUCAGCGAAUGAGGUUUAUGCUUGUGGGGUAGGGAGGGAGUGCAGGGUAAUGGAUUUUUCUGCAAUUCAGUUCCUGGGUCUUGAUCACAAGUGGUGGGAUGUGGCUGCUUUGACUGUGAUGUUGGUGGGAUACAGGGUUUUGGCUUAUUUGGCUUUGAGGAUGGGACAUUAACCUCACUGACUUGAGAAAAAGAUCAGGUAUUAUUGGAAUGGAAGCAAGAGAUCAUUAUAAGGUUAAUGACCCACGAUUUGACUGAAUAAUUUAAUCAGGAACUUUGACCAAAAAGUCUGAAUAGAGAUCAUGUUGCAGGCUGGCUCUCAGACAGAUGUAGAUUAGAUUCAGAUGGUCCAAACACAUAUGUUAGGACCUUAUGGUUGAUUAUAUAUAUGAAAUGAAUCAUUAAGUUUGUAAA